AUGGCGUCUCAUGCGAACAAUCAGAUGGAGCAAUGUCUCCAAUCAAUUUGGGCUCACGUCCUCAACUUACCUAAUGUCCCCCUUGAUCAGUCCUUUCUAUCCUUGGGCGGUGACUCUAUUUCCGCAAUGCAGGUCGUUGGUCAGUGCCGCAAGGACGGUUUGAGUCUUGGCGUCCAAGAUGUCCUACGAAGUCGAUCCAUCACCCAGCUGGCAACUGCGGUCAAAGAGGUGGAAAACUCGCCAUAUGAUCACGAGGAGUACUUUGACGAAGACUUCGAUCUUUCACCGAUCCAGUCUCUCUACUUCCAACGGCCGAACACAGACGGCCACUUCAAUCAAUCAUUCUACCUUCGAGUCGCACGAAUAACCAGUGCAAGCGAAUUUCAUGCCGCAGUGAGACAGCUUGUCACUCGUCACUCGAUGCUACGCGCACGUUUCUCCCAUUCAGCCGAACACGGAUGGCAACAGCGUCUUACAAACGAUAUUGAUGGGUCUUAUCGCUUCCGCCAUUCCACUGUUACCUCCCAAGCGACGAUAGACGCUUCCAUUGAGGAUACGCAGCAAUGCCUUGAUCAUGCCGCUGGGCCACUAUUCGCCGCUGAGUUCUUUGAUUACGGAACUCAGCAAUUUGCGUUUCUCACUGGCCACCAUCUCGUCGUUGAUCUAGUCACGUGGCGACUUUUGUUGGAAGAGCUCGAAGAAAUCUUGAAAGGCGGGCAGCUUUUGGCGCCAGCACUUCCAUUCCAGAAAUGGGCUGAACUGCAACAGGACCAUGCAGAGUCUUUGAAACUCAGUGAGAUUCUUCCCGAAGUUGAUGUCCCACACAUGGAUUUUUCAUAUUGGGGCAUUCAGCACCAGGAUAACACUUAUGGCAAUGCAAGCCAUGCUAGCUUUGAGCUUGACAACGAGCUCAGCUCAGCAUUCCUCACAACUUGUCACAAUGCCUACAAGACGGAGCCGGUUGAAGUCUUGCUUGCGUCUUUGAUUCAAUCUUGGUCUCUAGUUUUCACUGAUCGACCAAUUCCCGCGAUAUUCAAUGAAGGCCAUGGCCGCGAGCCAUGGGACUCUAGUAUCGAUAUCACUCGUACGGUGGGAUGGUUUACCGCUUUGUCACCCAUCCUCGUGACUCCAUCCGAGAAGUUUACGGAUACAGUUCGCAAGGUGAAGGAUUUCAAACGACGUAUCCCUGGCAACGGUCGGCCAUACUUUGCUCGACGAUGCCUCACCGAGGACGGUCGUGAAAGCUUCAAGUCACAUUGGCCAAUGGAGAUCUUGUUUAAUUAUCUUGGUCAAUAUCAGCAACUUGAAAGGGCGGACGCUCUUCUUCAGCCAGUGGGUACCAUGGCUGGUGAGACUGGUAAGGCCGGCGGUACUUCUGACUUUGGCCAUAAAACUUGCAGAUGGGGGCUUUUCGAAAUCUCCGCCUUUGUCUUCAAAGGUCGUCUCAAGGUUGCAUUUACUUUCAACCGCUCUAUGCUUCAUCAGUCACAUAUCUUAAGAUGGGUCUCAGAGUGCGAGGCGACCAUUUCAAAUAUGAUCCGCGGACUCAAUGUGUUGGAGCCAAAGCCAACUCUCAGCGACUUUCCGCUUCUGUCUCUCACCGAAGAGAGCUUCAGUUCCAUUCUGGACAGAGUCUCAGCCAUGGGAAUUCCUGAUACCGAUGUGGAAGACAUAUAUCCCUGCUCCAGCAUGCAGGAAGGGCUAUUACUAUCACAGACUAAAGAUGCUGGGUACUAUGCUGCUGCUACACUUCAUGAAGUUUUAGCGCCAGAGUCCCAAAUAUCUUGGGGGACUGUUGCCGAGGCUUGGCAACAGGUUGUCAAGCGCCAUCCAGCAUUGCGAACUGUUUUCGCCGAGAAUGUGGGUGUGAAAGGUCUCUACAACCAAAUUGUCCUCAAGAACAUUGAGGCCAACAUUGUCCACCUUGAGGCUGCGGAUGAAGAUGAUGCUAUCAGAAUCAUUGAGCAGCAGCGAUUCAUUUCUUACAAUCGCGGCCAAUGUCCGAACCAUCGCCUAACAAUAUGUGAUACAGCCGACGGAAAGAUCUUUUGCUCUCUAGAUAUCAGCCAUGCGAUCAUGGAUGGGCAUUCUAUGAGCUUACUUAUCAGUGAGCUGAGGAUAGCAUGCGAGGGAAAACUCACACUUGACUGUACACCGCUCAGCGCAUACAUUGCAUGGCUUACCCGGCAGCCAGAGGAAGCCAGUCUAGACUUCUGGAAAUCCUACCUACAUGGUAGCGAGAUCUCUUCAUUUCCUGUUCUCGACGACGGACAAGGCCAGCUUCUGGAAAAGAAGCUGGUCACGAUUCGCAUGGAUCUAUCUAGCAUCAGCUUGCCCGACUUCCAAUCCUUCUGCAACGCUAACGGUAUCACACUGUCAAAUGUCUUUCAUGCUGCAUGGGCUCUCACGCUCAGUUGCUAUAUUGGUAGCGAUGAUGUCACGUUCGGAUACCUGACAUCUGCAAGGGAUUCGGAAGAAAUUGAAGACGUGGAGAGCAUCGUCGGUCCAUUAAUCAAUACACUCGUCUGUAGGGUAAACUUUUCUGAUGGAUCCCGGUGUCUUCUCGAUGUGUUACAGGACGUUCAAAGAGACUACAUGGAAGCUCUCCCACAUCGCCACACAGCACUUGCUGAUGUUCAACAUGCUCUUCAAUUGUCAGGCGCGAACUUGUUCAAUACCGCGCUGUCGUACCGUCGCUUGCCUCAGGAUCAGGCUGUCGAUCUUUCCGGAGUCCGCUUACAGGAAGUUCGCCCAAUCUAUGACCCGACUGAGUAUCCGGUCAGCAUCAAUAUUGAAGUUGGUGAUGACAGCACAGCAGUCGAUCUCGAUUAUUGGACUGAUCAUCUCACUGCGGGUCAAGCUACAAACGUCGCUAACACUUUUGUUCGAGCCUUGGAGAAUAUUGUUUUCCAUGCGAAACGGCGCAUUUCAACUCUGGAACAUAUCAGCCCAAAGCAUCUCCGGCAAAUCCAUGACUGGAACAUCAUGCCAGCAACCAUCAAUGAAUGUGUACAUGAUAGAUUUUCUCAAUGGGCUACCCGCCAGCCCGAUGCUCAGGCAAUAUGUGCACAUGAUGGAGAGUAUACGUACGCUGAGUUGGAUGUCGUUACCGAUCGAUUAGCACAUCAUCUCGUCCAGCUAGGCGUCGGACCGGAGACAUUCGUUCCAACAUGUUUUGAUAAAAGCAUGUUUGCUAUCAUCGCUAUGUUAUCCGUCAUCAAGGCAGGUGGCGCUGCCGUUCCUCUUGACGCCACGCAUCCUGCGAACGCUCUACAGACACGCCUUGAGGACGCUAACUCGAAGAUUGUUUUAACGACAACUGUCCGCGCCGAAAAGUUCGAUGGUCUCGUAGACAAGGUGAUCGUUGUAGAUGAAUCACUAUUACAAAGUCUCCCAGCAGUUCGCGGCCCGAUCUGCACAGGCGUACAGCCGCAUCAUCCAGUCUUCGUCAUCUUCACCAGUGGUAGCACCGGAAGACCCAAGGGAGUGGUGCUGGAGCAUUCCGCUAUCGUCACCAGUGCGGAAGCACACGGAACAAAGAUUGGUCUGGACCAUAACUCGCGCAUGCUGCAAUUCGCAUCUUACACAUUCGACAACUCACUCGAAGAGAUGUUCACUACCCUCCAGAGGGGAGGUUGCGUGUGUGUUCCUUCUGAGGCUGAGCGGGUUAAUGAUCUUGCCGGAGUUGUAACCAGGCUCAAUGUCAACAUAAUGGACCUCACACCGACAGUGGCUUCUUUGCUUUCUCCAGAAGAGGUUCCAACGUUGAAGCGAAUGUGUCUUGGUGCGGAGCCGCUGACCAAGGCGUUAAUCGAGCUUUGGAGUCAACACGUAUCGGUUAUCGGCCAGUAUGGGCCUAGCGAAGCGUCAAUCAACUCGGCAUUCAAGGACUUCAGUGAUGGUCGUGGUGAAGCAACCAAUAUCGGCAAAGCUAUCGGCUGCGUCGCGUGGGUUGUCGAUCCUGAAAACCGCAAUCGCUUGAUGCCGAUAGGAUGCAAAGGAGAGCUUCUUCUCGAAGGGCCUAUUCUGAGCCGUGGCUAUCUGAAUGACGCGGAAAAGACGCAGGCUGCUUUCAUCACUGAUCCCGAGUGGGCCAGCGUUACAGGACCCAUUGGGCGCCGCUUCUAUUGCACCGGAGACCUUGUACAGUAUACUUCAGACGGUGAAAUGAUGUAUCUGGGUAGGAAAGACUCGCAAGUCAAACUUCACGGACAGCGCAUUGAGUUGGGUGAAAUUGAGCACCACCUCAAGCUCAACCUAACGACCGGCGCCAAAUCGGCCGUCGAACUGGUCAAGUUCAACGACAGCAAUUCCACUAAAGCUCUAGUAGCAUUCUUUUGUCUGUCUGAAGAUGAAGAAAUUGUGGCUAUUAGCGAAAUGACCGAGUCGUUGCGAGCAGUGGCGAAGCAGGCAGAAAUGGCUCUUGCUAAUGCUCUGCCUGUUUAUUAUGUUCCUUCGGUUUUCAUGCCAGUCACGCGCAUGCCAAUGACUACCUCAGGCAAGCUGGACCGAAAAGUAUUACGAACAUUGGCAGCAGCAGUUUCAGACUCGCAGCUCGCAUCCUACCGGCUAGCAGGAAAGAGUGGCCGCGCACCCGAGGGGCAUACCGAAAUCACUUUGGCACGUGUCUGGGCUUCUGUGCUGAAACUCAGUGGUGGGGCAAGCGGAAUUGGCGCAGAAGAUUCUUUCUUCCGACUCGGCGGUGAUUCCAUCAGUGCCAUGAGACUGGUGACUGCGGCUAGGAAAGAUGGCAUCCUUUUGAAUGUGGCAAAUGUCUUCUCACAUCCAAAGUUGGUCGAUCUCGCAGCCACUGCUGUCGUUUCUUCUGAAGAGAUGUCGCUCGUCACGGAUGCGGAUCCCUUUGAUAUGCUCCCAGCAGCCAACCGUCAAGCUGUUCUGGGGCUUGCAGCCUCAGAAUGUGGUGUUUCUCUAGACUCGAUUGAGGAUAUCUACCCAUGCAGCAAGCUCCAGGAGGGCCUCAUCAUGCUGACCAACAAAGACCCUGGCACUUAUGUAGUGCAGCCUGUCUACAGAUUGCCUUUGGGUAUCGACCUCCCACGCUUUAAAGCUGCUUGGAAAACAGUAGUCGCUGCCGAAUCCGUCCUUCGGACACGUAUCGUCUAUUCUGAGAAGUAUGGGUUUCUUCAGGUUGUUCUCCGGGAGGAGCUUCCCUGGCACUCCAUUUCUCGAGCACAGGACAUCAAUGAAAGUACCAGAAGGCUUCCCGCGAAAAACGGGGCACCACUUACCACUCUUACUCUUGUAGGAGAGAACACCGCCCAACCUAUGUUCGUCUGGACGGUUCACCACGCCAUUUACGACGGUUGGAGCUGGACAAACCUGUUUCGCAAAGUGGAAAUGCACUACCAUAAUGAUGUGCAAGACAUACCUGCCACGGUUCCUUACUCACGCUUCGUGAAGUAUCUUUGCUCCUUGGACCAGAAGGAGUCGGAUGUGUUCUGGAUGUCGCAUCUUGACAAUGUGACGACCACUCAAUUUCCUCAGCUGCCUUCUCCGGAUUAUCACGUUGAGACUAAUGGCCAGUUGGUCCAUCGUGUUCAGUUGAAGCGAAAUGCGGAACUGGAAGUCACGGUACCCUCAAUAAUCCGGGCCGCUUGGGGCCUUCUUCUUGCCACAUAUUCAGGUUCUGAUGACGUGGUGUGGAUGGAGACGAACAGCGGUCGCGAAGCCAUCGUUCCUAGUAUUGAGGCUAUCAUUGGCCCCACCAUCACAACUGCCCCUGCUAGAUUACAGCUUGACCGCAAUCUGACAGUUCACGAAUAUCUGAAACAAACUCAGAAACAGUCAUCCUUGUCUCUACCUUACCAGUUCGCCGGUCUACAACAUAUCCGCAAACUCAACUCAGAGACAGCGGCAGCCUGCGAGGCCCAGAGCUUUUUAGGUAUCGAAGCAGCCGAUGAGAUUGAUACGCACGGUUCACUCUGGCAGAUGGAGAGUAGUAACACCGUUGGCACAGAUUUUCUGAACUACGCCUUUGCGUUCAAUUGCAAAGUGGACUCAUCUGGUGUCCGUGUGGAAGCAUUGUUUGAUGAUCGCGUUGUUGAAAGGUGGCUUGUCGAGCGCAUCACUCAGCAAUUUGAGUUCCUGCUCUGUCAACUGAAUGCCAACAUCAAUAUGGACAAGAAGUUGGACGAGAUUGAGGUGCUCAAUCUCGCUGACCGAGACAUGAUUAGUGCAUGGAACAGCCAUCCUGUGCCAAACAUCCCCAGAUGCAUUCAUAACGUCAUCCAGGAAGACCAGUCCGCACGAAGGCCCACGGCGCCUGCUAUCGACGCUUGGGACACUGGCGUCAUGAGUUACCAGGAGCUUGAUGAACGCGCUACAGCACUUGCAUACCGACUGACAGCCUUGGGCGUAAAGUCUAGACAAUUCGUGCCGCUUUGUUUUGACAAGUCCGGCUGGACGAUCGUUGCUAUACUUGCUGUUCUCAAGGCAGGUGCUGCUUUUGUCCCUCUGGACUUCGAAGCUCCUGUCCUCCGGCUUCGUGAGAUAGUGGGGGAUGUAGGUGCAGAACUACUUCUUUGCGCGCCGCAGUACGAAGAGCUCUGUGAAUCGAUUCCCUGCAGAGCCCAAGUGGUGGAUCGAGAGUCAACCAUCUACAACAAGCCACAUCUCCCAUGUCUUCCGUUGGUUGAUCACAAUGAUCCAGCAUACGCAUUCUACACUUCUGGAUCAACUGGGAAGCCAAAAGGGGCUGUAGUUAAUCAUGUGCAUUGGGUCACUAGCUCCACUGCCUUCGCUCCAGGUUGGAAGAUUUCCGAGACUUCCAGGAUUCUCCAAUUCGCUUCCUACACUUUCGAUGCUUGCUUAAUUGAAAUUUUCACUACUCUCAUGAAUGGCGGUACUGUAUGCGUUCCAGAUCAGGCCGCUCGGACGAAUGAUCUUGUGGGAGCUAUCAACCAGUUCAAUGUGAAUUGGGCUGCCCUAACGCCUUCAGUCGUCCGUACAAUGACUCCGUCACAAGUUCCGCAUCUUAAAACAUUAUUCUUGGUUGGGGAGGCCAUGUCUCAGCAGGAUCUCACGACAUGGGCGGACAAGGUCACACUCGGCAAUGGCUAUGGUCCAACUGAAUGCGCUUGUGUAGCUACCUGUAAUAUUAUGACGCCCCGCACACGACCAAACAAUCUGGGCGAUGUUGUUACAGCCAGAGGAUGGAUUGUUUUGCGCAACAAUCACCACAUACUUGCACCUGUCGGGGCUGUCGGCGAGUUGCUGCUAGAGGGUGGUGCAGUUGGUGCAGGAUACCUCAACAACCCGGAGAAGACAGCAGAGGCAUUCCUCACAGCGGUACGCUGGUCAAUAGAUUUGCUUGGCGCAAACGACAACACACCCCUACGCAUCUACAAGACUGGAGACUUGGUGAAGUACAAUGAAGACGGUACAAUGCUAUACCUUGGUCGCAAGGACUUCCAGGCUAAGGUUCGGGGCCAACGAUUGGAAUUGUCUGAAGUCGAACAUAAGCUCCUCGAUGACCAUAUGGUACAGAGCGCUCUCGCCUCUGUUCCUACCAAGGGCCCCUGUGCGAAACGGCUAGUCGCAAUACUUUCACUGCAGGACAUGCCGGCCGCCGCAUUGGGCACUGCAAGCCCACUGCAGAUCAUAUCUCAGGAGAUUGCUUCACCGAAAGUUGCCAGCAUCAGGGACAACCUUUGUGAACGCCUACCAACGUAUAUGAUCCCGUCUUUGUGGGUUGCUAUCAAUCGCUUCCCUUUGAUGCCCUCUGGAAAGCUAGAUCGAAGACGCGCGGUCCAAUGGUUGGAGCAAAUGGACCAAGCUACUUAUCGAAUGAUUUCGACAAUGGGUGCAGAUUCUCCUGAUACGAAUGGUGGAUCUUCUAUCGAACACAAGCUACAAGAGAUAUUCGCCAAAGCAUUGAACCUACCUGCUAGUGAUAUUCGGCUCAAUCAGUCCUUCUUACAUCUCGGCGGCGAUUCGAUUGCGGCUAUGCAAGUCUCAUCACAGUGUCGCGCGCAAGGUCUUCCAAUCAGCGUAAAAGACAUUAUUCGUGCAAAGUCAAUCACAGCCUUGGCUUCUACAGUCGACCUCUCUCUGAACUCUGAACCUGCCCCUGAAGCCAUGGAAUACUCUUUACCUUUUGGUCUUUCGCCAAUCCAAAGAGUGUUCUUCGAAACCGUUGGCGACUCAUAUAAUCACUUCAAUCAGGCUGAGACAUUGCGCCUUUCUCGAAACAUCGAGGAGAGUGAACUUCGAAAUGCACUUGUGGCUCUGGUCAAAAUUCACCCUAUGCUCCGAGGUCGCUUUACCAGGAAUGAAACGGGAAACUGGAAGCAGCGUAUCGAGCAAGAUAUCGAAAACUCAUUCAGGCUGCAGCAUCAUCGCGUACAGGAGAUGAGUGAUCCAAAACUACAACGCGCGUUUGACAAUAGCCAGGCGAGCUUGAACAUCACCAGUGGUCCGACUUUCGCCAUUGAUCUAUUCGAGAUCGAGGAUAACUUCUCCCAAGUACUGACACUGGUUGCGCACCAUCUUGUCAUCGACAUCGUUUCGUGGGGUGUUCUUCUCGAAGAUCUCCAGGCGUUGUUAAAUGGAGUGCAGCCUUCUCCUCAGAGUCUUCCUUACCAUGCAUGGCUACAACAGCAGUUUUUGCAGGUCAAACAAGAAAACCCUAGGAAAGUCUUCCCCACCGUGGAAGUUGGGCCUGCCAAAUUUGAUUACUGGGGUAUGGAAGGGCGGCCCAAUCUGAAUGGUGAUGUGAUCAGUGAAGAAGUAGGGUUGUCCACUCGUGACACAAUGCUGCUUCUUGGUGCCCAAGAUGCUUUAGCAACGGAAAUUGUCGAUAUUCUGGUUGCCGGACUUCUCGAGUCUUUCCGUAAGACGUUUUCAGAUCGUUCUACUGUUGCGAUACACAACGAAGGCCAUGGCAGAGAGACAUUCAGUUCUCGUCAGGAUCUUUCUCGGACAAUUGGUUGGUUCUCCACUGCGACUCCAAUUUACCUCCCUAUCUCUGCAGAUGAAAAGACAGAUAUCAUCAGCACGAUUCAAUGGGUGAGGGACUUCAGGCUCAGAACUCCAGACAAAGGACGACCGUAUUUUGCCUACAGAAAUCUGACUGAAGAAGGCCGGAAGCGAUUUGAUGGCCACUGGCCAGCUGAGGUUUUGUUCAACUACGUUGGAAGACUUCAGCACCAAGAUCGUAAAGACGGCAUGUUUGCUGCUUUCACUGGUCUAAAAUCUAAAGAAAUUGGAGAUGAAGUUCCCCGUCUUGCUCUUUUCGAAGUCACCGCUGCGAUCUCUAAGGGAGCCAUCAGCAUAUGUUUUGAUUGGAAUCGGAACAUGAGUCGGCAACAAGAGAUCCGCGAAUGGGUUGGACAAUGCCGUCAGACGCUUGUUGAUGCCAUCGAUGAACUAUUACAAGUUCGACAAGAGCUGAGCCUCAAGAACUUCCGAAGUUUGCCGCUGCUCUAUAAUGGUCUCGAUAGGAUCACGAAAGCCCUUCCUGCGGGCUUGAAUCUUGCCGACAUUGAAGACAUCUACCCUGCUUCCCCCAUGCAACAAGGACUGCUCUUCACGCAAUCUCGAAAUCCUGACCUAUACACAUAUCAGACAAUAUGUCAGGUCAAAUCAACCGAUGACAGUUCGGUCGACCCUCGUCAACUUGCCGAAGCAUGGCAGGUGGUGGUUCAUCGCCAUCAAGCCUUACGUACCAUCUUCAUCGAUGGCCUUGCCAAAGACGGCUCCAAAGACCAAAUCGUUGUCAAAAAUAAGGCCGGGAGAGUCCAGUUGUUUGCGGAUUGCGACGACCGUCGCAUUGUAGAGACGCUACGUGGCCUGGCUCCAAUUGAUUGUCGUGACUUCACCCCUCCACACAGAAUGACCAUCGCAAAAACGAAGUCUGGCGAAGUGUGGAUGAAGAUUGAGAUCAGCCACGUGAUCAAUGACGGUACUUCCAUCUCGAACAUGCUUGUAGAUCUCGCUCGUGCGUACGCGAGAAGAUUAUCGCGAGCAGAUAUCGGACCCCUUUACUCCGAUUACAUUGAACAUAUUCUUUCCAUGCCGAGAGAUGCUGAUCUGGCUUACUGGAAGACGUACCUUUCGGGAAUUGAGCCUUGCUUUUUCCCGAAUCUCAACGACGGGAGGCCGCUUGCGCGUGAACCUGCUUCAGUCGUUGUUGAUAUACGUUACAUCGAUCCAGCUCAAGCAUUCUGCAAGCGAAAUGGGGUCACUCUUUCCAACCUUCUUCAACUUACUUGGGCUUUGACUCUACACUGUGAGUACACUUACGGUCCCAGUAUUAACUUUUGGUUCUUUGCUGACUACUUUCCUCUUCCAGACUAUGUCGGCGCUUUUGAUGUGUCUUUUGGCCUAGUAGCAUCUGGUCGGGACAUACCUGUUACUAACAUUGAGUCUGCUGUAGGGUGUUUCAUUACCAUGCUUUGCGCUCGUCUAGUGUUCUCAGACAACACAACUAUUGCCGAACUUCUCAACUCUUUGCAAGCAAGCUCUACUGAUGCUCUAUCUCACCAAAAUUGCUCUCUUGCCGAUGUCCAGCAUGAGAUGCAAUUACCCGCACUCUUCAACACCGCUUUCACAUUUCAGCGCCGCAGUCUCUCACGCGACCCUGAUCAGAUAGCGCUUGUCUACGAGAACAUGGAGGCGGACGAUUCCGGGGAGUAUAUCGUCACUGUCAAUGCGGAUGUCAUGGAUGACAGUAUCACUAUCGAUUUUGGGUAUUCACGAGACAAGAUCAUUCCUACCCAGGCUCAGAAUAUGGCGGACACAUACGAGAAGAUCUUGAAUAUCAUUGUGAGUAAUGUGGCCAGCGAACUCACGGUUGGGGGUGUGGAUGCAUCUACCGAAGGCAGCCUUCGCCAGAUUCUGGGUUGGAAUGCAGAGCUCCCUCCGCCUAUCAACCGGUGUGUACACAAGGUCAUCCAUGACCAAGCUCUGACGAGGCCGCGCAUGACAAAAGCAGUUGAGGGAUGGGAUGGGUCGUUCACCUAUCAGGAGUUUGACAGGGUCACCGAUCAGUUGGCGGCUCAUCUUCAGUCUAUUGGCAUCAAGACCGAGACUUUUGUUCCCAUAUUGUUCGAGAAGUCAUCAUGGGCAAUUGUCAGCAUGAUAGCUAUCAUGAAAGCAGGGGGCGCGUAUGUUCCUCUUGAUCCCAAACACCCGCAGACGCGUCUUCGCGAACUCAUAGCGGACGUCGGAGCAGAGGUUGUCUUAUGCUCCCGUAAGCAUCAAGCAACUGCAUUAGAGGUGGCCAAAACACCCUUUGUAGUUGAUCAGCGCUCGACCCGAAAGCUAGCAACGCCUGCUUCUAGCGCGCUUCUUGCGGCAGCAACUCCUGAAAAUGCAGCGUACUGCCUAUUUACGUCUGGUACCACCGGAAAGCCGAAGGGGACAAUUAUUUCGCAUCGAGCAUUCUGCACAAGUGCAGCUGCCUUCACUCGUCGCAUGAACAUCAAUGCUACGUCGCGCACUUUCCAGUUCGCCUCGUACACGUUUGACGCCAGCUGCAUAGAAAUCUUGUCCGCAUUGACAGUGGGCGCCACAGUUUGUGUACCCUCGGAAGAUGACAGGAUGAACAAUUUGGCCGGUGCGAUUCGCAAAUUCAAGGCCAAUUGGUCACUCCUGACCCCUUCUGUUCUUGGUACUGUUGAGCCAGAGCGCGUUUCCUGCUUGAAGACUCUCGUGUCCGGAGGCGAAGCGCUCCCUGGGCAUAUUCUCAAAAAAUGGGGCACCAGCACAUGCUUUAUCAAUGCAUAUGGACCAACAGAAUGUGCCGUUGUAGCAGCCACUGCGUACAAAUCCACGCUCGACCACAAGCUCAUUGCAUCCGAACCUGGUACUAUCGGCACUGGAAGCGGAUGUCGUUUGUGGAUCGUUCACCCACGAAAUCACGACAAACUGAUGCCGGUAGGCACUGUGGGUGAAUUGGUCAUUGAGGGACCCACUGUCGCUCGCGGAUACUUGAACGAGGAAGAAAAGACAAGAAAAGCGUUCAUCACUAAUCCUUCAUGGGCGGCAACGAUCGCUUCGCAACAUGGCACAUUUGAGACUGUUCGUAUGUACAAGACUGGCGACUUGGUUCGCUACAACAGCGACGGUUCUGUGAGUUAUGUCGGACGCAAAGACACGCAAAUCAAGCUCAAUGGACAGCGUGUCGAGCUGGGUGAAAUCGAGUACCACGUAGGCCAGAACCUCCCGGAGAACGUACAAUCAGCCGUCGAACUCAUCGCUCCCUCAACACGGAGCUCAGCAAAAGCUUUGGCAGUAUUCUUCGCAAUUUUACAGCCUUCUCUGGUUGAGGGUGAACAAGACGCACAGCAUGCAACGGUUGAUGAUGCAAGCUCUGAUGACCUCCUUCUUCCUCUAGACGACCAACUGCGAGACAUCUGCAAGAAUGCAGAAAACGGUCUCGCAGGCUCACUACCGACAUACAUGAUCCCUUCUAUCUUCAUACCGGUCAAAAAGAUGCCAUGGACGUCGGCUGGAAAAUUGGAUCGAAACCGUCUACGGGGGUCUGUACAAGAUCUUAGCCGUGAAGCGCUAGCCAUGUACCGACUUAGCAGCAUGGCAAACAAGAAGCAGCCUACCACAGAUGCGGAGAAGAAGAUUCACAAGGCUGUUUGCGCAGUGCUGAAUCUGCCUGCUUCCUCAGUCAGUGUUGAUGACAGCUUUAUCCGUCUUGGUGGUGAUUCAAUCUCAUCUAUGCGCCUCAUUGCGAUGGUGCAGACUGAACAACUAGAACUGUCCUUCAUUGAUAUUUUCAAAUCACCCAAGCUCGCUGAUCUGGCCAAAAUCGCCUCGCGCACCAGCACUCCUAGCCAGCAUGGGAAAUCUCUACAGCCAUUCAAACUUCUUCGAGAACCUCUCAAGACAUCGGAUGUCCUUGAUAAUGUUAUGGAGCAAUGCCAGAUACCCAGCGCAAAUAUACAGGACGUGUAUCCAACGAGUCCACUUCAGGAUGCCCUCAUCACUCUCACCAUCAAGCAGCCGGGGGCAUAUGUUGCCCAGCAUGUCCUCGCGCUCCCACAGUCCGUGGAUAUGACCAAGUUUCGGUCAGCCUGGGAAAAGGCGAUGGGAGAGGUCGAUAUCCUACGCACUCGCAUCAUCCAACUUGCAUCUGGUGCAUUUAUGCAGGUUGUGUUGAAGGGGGACCGAGUUGACUGGAAUGAAGCAGGCUCCCUUCAGGAUGUUCAAGUGGAAGUGCUAAAAAUCCCCUCACACCAUGGCGGCCGCCUUGCGACUUACACAAUCGUCACCACCGAAUCUAAUCAGCGGUACUUUGUAUGGACAAUGCAUCAUGCCCUUUACGAUGGCUGGAGUAUCUACUUGAUGUUGCAGCGCGUCGAGCAAAUCUACAUGAAAGGAGUAUCGAACGUCAUGCAAACCCCUUACGCUCGAUUCAUCCAAUAUCUGUCCAACAGAGAUCACAGUGUCUCAAAAGAGUAUUGGAGAAAAAAUCUAGAACAGGUCGAUGCAUAUCAGUUUCCCAGGUCUUCGCAAGUCGGCAUAAAAGACAAGCCAAAGGGGCAAACACUUCAUCACCAGAUGAAACUAGCCCCUCACAAGCAUGUCGACGUUACACCCACGAAUGUCAUUCGAGCGGCUUGGGCUAUAGUACUUGCGGCUUACACACACAGUAAUGACGUUGUCUUUGGAGAGACCCUCACCGGACGCGAUAUCGCCGUCAAUGGCAUCAUGGACGCAUGUGGGCCUGUUUUGACGACUGUUCCAACAAGAGUGAAGAUCGAUAGCGGAGCGACCAUUCGUGAGCUUCUUCAAGCAAUAGCAUCCAAUGUCACCGAGCGUAUACCGCAUCAGCACUAUGGCAUAUCUGCCAUUAAAGCGAUUGGCAAUGAAGCGGCAGCUGCCUGUGAUUUCCAGAAUCUUUUGGUGGUUCAAACGGACAAUGAGGCACUUGAAAACACGAUGUGGUCAAUUCACGACAACGGCAACCAAGGUAAUUUUUUCACGUACCCUCUUGUCAUCGAAUGCAAAAUUAGGUCUUCCAGCACCGAUUUUCUCAUGCAUUUUGAUGCGGACGUCAUCUCCUCUUGGCAUGUUCAGCGACUCGCUUACCAGUUCGAGUCUGUAUUGAAUCAACUCCAAAGUGUAACGCGCAUCAGCCAAGUCAGUGUCUUCAGCGACCAGGACAAGCAGCUCGUUCGCAAAUGGAACGCCCACGAGCCCCUUUUGGUCGAUGAAACUAUACCAGCUGUAUUCCAAAACAACGCGAAGGCUCAACCCGACGCAGUCGCAGUUGCAGCGUUUGAUGGUGAACUUACGUACGCUGAGCUCGCUAGGUACGCGACGAACCUGGCACAGGAGCUCCUCAAUCUCGGUGCCGGUCCCGAAACACUCGUCCUGAUAUGCCUGGACAAAUCACUCUGGACUAUCGUUGCUAUGAUGGGGAUCAUUCUGGCCGGCGCUGCCUAUGUACCAUUGUCGCCAGAACACCCUCCCUCCCGACAUGAGCAGAUUAUUGAGACAUGCAAGUCUUCCAUUAUACUUUGCUCACCAUCAUACAAAUCUCGAUUCGAGGCCCUGGUGAAGCACGUUCGGACUGUUACUGGAGAUUCUAUACAAAAACUCCCAGCACCAGAGGCGCCGCUGCCUCAAAGGAUCAAGAGCAAUAAUGCUUGCUAUGUUCUCUUUACCUCUGGAAGCACCGGAAUCCCGAAAGGCGCUGUCAUAGAGCAUAGAAAUGUCACGUCGAACGCCAUUGCAAUCAGUGAAGCUGCCCAUAUGACUCCUACUUCGAGGGUGAUUCAGUUCGGUUCAUUGGUUUUCGACGCUUCUGUACUUGAGAUCUUCAUACCUCUUCUUCUUGGGGCCACUGUUUGUGUACCGUCUGAAGAGAAAAGCACUACCGAUCUGGCUUCAGCACUGACUUCGUUGAAGGCUGAUUGGGCUUUCAUGACCCCAUCUGUUGCCAGCACGCUUGACGGGCCACAGUCGGUUCCUACUCUGAAAACGCUCUCUGUUGGAGGAGAAGCAAUCACCACCGAAGUAAUCAACAAAUGGGCAUCUGGAGUCAAGUUAGUGAAUGGUUAUGGACCGACAGAGUGCUGCAUCUUCGCUGUCACGAAUGAUAAGGUACGGGAGCAACGCUCCCUCUCCAAUAUUGGAAAUGUGCUUAGGACUGGGCGAGGUUGGCUGACCAAUCCCAACAACCCUCAUCAGCUUGCACCCGUUGGAGCCACGGCAGAGCUGUGCCUAGAAGGAUCGAAUGUGGGACGAGAGUACUUAAACGAUCCCAAACGAAGCGCGGAAACUUUCGUCGAGAACCCAGAUUUUCUCAAGGACUUUGCUGGGUCUCCUGGAAACCGCGUAUAUCGUACUGGAGAUCUUGUCUCAUAUGAUUCUGAUGGUUCCAUCAAGUACAUGGGACGGAAGGACAACCAGAUCAAACUUGCUGGGCAGCGUAUGGAGCUUGGUGAAGUUGAACAUAACUUGCAACAAGACGACAGCAUUCGCCAGCUAGUCGUACAACUUCCCAAAACUGGACCAUGUGCCAAGAAGCUUACUGCUGUUGUCAGCUUCUCGGCCGGCGUGGCGGCACACGCGAACACUCAAUGGAAUACGCCGCUUUCCGAUCCUGAAUCUCUUUCGCUCCUGAAUCGCUCGCGAGAGAGGCUGAUGGACCGAGUUCCACCAUACAUGGUCCCCAUCGUGUGGAUAGCAGUUCCUCGCAUUCCAUCUCUCGUUUCUACUAAAUUUGACAAAAAGCAGGUUGGUUCCUGGUUGGAGAGUCUUGACAAUUCUACAUAUGAGAAGAUUAUGCAGACCGAAUCUGCUGGGGAUGCAGGAGAAGAGAUGAGUGAUGCCCUUGUCAUGCUUCGUGGAAUAUGGGCGAAGGCCCUGAACAUUCCGAUUGACAGAGUCAAACCGAAUCGAUCCUGGCUUUCAUUGGGUGGUGAUUCCAUCGCUGCCAUGAAGAUGCUUGCAAGAUGCAGGAGUGAAGGCAUUCAUGUCACUUUGAACCAGGUGCUUCGUGCCAAGUCACUUGCCCAUUUGGCAGAGAGCGUGAAGUUUACUGCCACCGUAGCCCACGGCGAAGAGCGACUUGACGAACCGUUUCAACUGGGACCUAUCCAGCGCUUUUAUUUCCAACAUGAAGGAACAGAGGAGAACACUCACUUCAAUCAGUCAUCUACAUUGCGUAUCACUUCGCGCGUGGAGCCCUCUGCUGUCAAGCGCGCCCUUGGUGCCAUCGUUGCAUGCCAUGGCAUGCUGCGCGCCCGUUACUCAAAGAACACGGCAGGAGAAUGGCAGCAGCUUGUCAAGCCGGUAGCGAAUUCUUACGUAUUCGAGGCCCAUGUCGUCUCAACUGUGGCUUCGGCUAUCCCUAUCGUAGCCAAUACGCAGAAGAGUCUUGACAUCCGACAAGGCCCUGUGUUCGCCGCGAAUCUUUUCGAUAUCAAGGGUGAACAGGUCAUUUUCAUGGCGGCGCAUCACCUCGUCGUUGAUCUCGUGAGUUGGGGCAUGAUUAUACAAGACCUAGAAGAUCUCUUGGGGUCGACUAGCUCAAUGCCAACGCUUCAAAAGGGUCUAUCAUUUCAGGCUUGGUGUGAGAAACAGGGCAUUCACGCAUUGGACGCGCUUCAGCAAUCAUCCAUCCAAAGACAACCUCUUGUCGUACAGCCAGCAAAUCUCUCAUUCUGGGGUAUGGACACAAGACCCAAUCUGUAUGGGGAUGUUGAAAGAGAUGAUUUCACCGUCACCAAAGAGAUCACUGCUAUGGCAACAGGCCAUCAUCAUGUGUACAAAACAGACCUUGUGGACAUCUUCCUUGCGGCUGUUAUACAUUCUUUCUCACGUGUUUUCAUCAAUCGCAAGGUCCCGACAGUCUUCAACGAGUCUCAUGGUCGCCAAGUAUGGGAAUCGAGCAACAUAGACCUUUCCCGGACUGUGGGAUGGUUUACAACGAUGUACCCAAUCACUAUCCCUAUCGGUGAUGAUGAAGACGAAGUUCUUCAUACUCUUCGACAAGUCAAGGAUACGCGCGGAAAGAUCGCGGAUAGUGGAAGGCCUUACUUUGCACAUCGUUUCCUUACGGAGCACGGAAAGCAACAAUUUUCAGACCAUGCACCGAUAGAAGUUCUUUUCAACUAUCUUGGUUACCAAGGAAGUUCUGGCGAUGGGAAAUCUUUGCUACAACCUACAAGCAUUGACAGCGAUGACGGAGAAGAAACUGCUGACGUUGGCAAGAAAACCUCUCGCAUGGCAUUGUUCGAAAUAUCUGCAAUUGUGGCUAAUGAUCAGAUCCAAUUCAGCUUCAUGUACAACCGCUGUUCGAAAAAUCAAAAAGGUAUUCGCAGGUGGAUUGCCGAAUGCCAACACACUCUGGAGGAGAUUGCCUAUGAGCUAGCCAAGCUAAACAAGCCCCAACCCACAAUUGGGGAUCUUCCUCUUUUGCCCUUGGAGUCUUACAGUCGCCUUGAUCGGGUGCUCAAGACACUGCCCGACGUCGGCAUCUCAUCGUUUGAUCAUGUGGAGAACAUAUAUCCUUGUUCACCAAUCCAGGACGGAAUGAUUCUCAGUCAAAUUAGGGCUCCUGAGUCGUACUGGUCUUCAACAGUCUUUGAAGUCAAGGCGCGACGUGGACCCGUCGAUGCCAAGAAAAUCGUUGACGGAUGGAGACAGGUUGUUGCUCGCCAUCCAGCUUUGCGCACUGUUUUCAUCGAUAGCGUCUGCAAGGGCGGCGUGUUCGAUCAGAUUGUGCUCAAGAAUCCAGACUCUGGAGUUGUAACUUGCACGUGCAGUGACGCAGAGUUGUCCGCGAUGCUGCAGUCCAUCAAGCACAGUUCGCUCAACGGCAAGAAGAAACCGGUCCUUCCGCACCAAGCCGCUGUUAUACAGACCACAUCGGGACGGGUCAUUGUCAAACUCAUCGUCAACCAUUCGGUGAUUGACGGCGGAUCACUUGCAGUCAUUGAAAACGACCUUCAGGAAGCAUACGAAGGGCGCUUGACCGGUGAAGGUCCACUCUACAGCGACUACAUCAAAUACCUUCGGCAAUUGUCUGCAGAUGAAGCCAUCGAAUACUGGAAAGCAAAACUUCGUGGCGUUAGUCCCUGCUACUUCCCCACUGCAACUCGAGACCCAAGUAAACCACGACAACUCAAAUAUUUCGAUAUGCGUUUCAGCCGCUUUGGAGAGCUACAUGACCUUGCCGAGGCCAGUAAUGUCACAUUUGCCAAUCUAUUCUUGACAGCCUGGGCACUAGUACUUCGUUCUUAUACCAAAUCCUCCGACGUUUGUUACGGCUACCUCACUUCUGGAAGGGAUGUGCCCGUUCCCAAUGUAGAGGGCGCUGUCGGAGCAUUCCUAAACAUGUUGGUAUCGCGCGUUGAAAUCAACCAGACUUCUCAAUUUCUUCAAGUCACGCAAAAGGUGCAAUCGGACUUCAUUGACUCAACUCCGCACCAGCACUGCUCCCUCGCGCAGUUUCAACACGAUUUAGGGCUAUCUGGAAAGGCUCUUUUCAACACUGCUAUCUCAAUUCAAAAAUGCAGUGGCUUAGACGAUGAAAUGACAAAUACAGCCAUUGAGUUCGAGCAGCUAGACGGCCACGAUCCUAGCGAAUUUGCCAUCACGGUGAACAUCGAUGCAACGCGACACGACGAAGGUGUACGCUUUACUUACUGGAAUGAUGCCGUUACUGAUACCGAGGUGAAGAACGUAUCCUCUCUAAUGUCUACAAUAUUAGUACAAGCUCUACGUGACUCCAAGCAAACAAUCGGAGAGCUGGACGUUGUGCUAAAUGGAAAGCCUGCGCAUGCAAGCAUAGCGUACUUGGCACCACCACCGUUGCAUCCAUCAACUCUUCGGUCUGGGACAAGCACUUCCAGCACGUCAGCGACCUCUCCGCCACAAACACCUCAAAUCACCUUCCCGGAUAUUACUGCAGCGGUUCCUGCAACGACUGGCACACCGGAUUGGACGAAUCUCAUUCGGUCUAUUGUCAGCGAGAUGGUUCCUCAGAUCGUCAAUCAGAUCGUCGCUCAAAACAAGUUGCCGGCAGAGACCACUUCGUCAACUAUCGAUCAAAUGACCACUCAGAUGACGGGUAUGCUUAGUAGGAAAGCAUCUACGUCGCACCGUGUUCGCGCGAGCCUUGACGGCCCGAUGGUUCCUGCGGGUUCCAUACGAGCCGAAUCUAUCCGUUCGCGUCGUCUGAGUCUUGUCAGCAACGCUGAGAGCAGAAUACAGACGGCCGCAGACAUGGUGGCUACCCUGGGUGCCUAUGCCACGGAGGCUUCGCCCAAGGUGGCCCCUGAUUUCGUGGAGAAGAAGCUGCUCAACUUGUGGAGUGAACUGCUGGAAAUGGUUGAAGAGUCAAUCGAACAAGACGCCAGCUUUUUCCAGCUGGGUGGGGAUAGCAUCAUCGCUAUGCGUCUGGUUGGUGCCGCAAGAGAAGAGGGGCUGUCAAUGACGGUCGCAGAUGUGUUCAAGAACCCCACUUUUGCGGACAUGGCUCGCGUGGUACGUGUUGCAGGUGAAGUCAUUGACGAAGUCAUGUCACGAGCGGGUGGAGAAUCUGUAGUUGGUGAUGGGGAUGUUGGAGAUCAGUCCAAGCAUCGACGUCACGGAUCCCGCGGUCGGGCAGCGUCUAUCUGGAGCGACAUGCAUUCCAUUGCAUCAGAGCUCAGGAGUGACAUGCAAGGAUUGACUUUCAAUGACCCACAAGUCACUGAUGAACCAGAAGUCACGAAGAACGACACAAUGUUCAACAGAUGGCAAGGCUUUUCAGCGACUACUCAAGAACGACCGUCUACGCCACGAAAAGUCACGUACAAGACGUCGCCAGUACCACAAACCGUCCAUGAAGGAGUAGAGAGCUCAAACAUCAAAUCCGUCUCUCUCCUUGGCGAUCCGAACGUCGACAACGUCAUCUCAAAGGUGCAGGUCUUCAAGGGCGGUAUCUCGGAUAUCUUUCCCGUAACAGAUUUCCAAGCUCUUGCUAUUACUGGUUCAAUUAUGGAGUCCAAAUGGAUGCUCAAUUAUUUCUACCUCGAUGGACGAGGACCACUGGACCUCCGCAAGCUCAAACAAGCUGCUUACCGCAUGGUGCAAGCCUUUGACAUUCUGCGCACCGUAUUCGUUCCUUAUGGCGACCGCUUUCUCCAAGUCGUUCUACGCAAACUUCAACCGGAAUUCAUGUAUGAACAGACCGACGACGAUCUUGACACCUUCACUAGAGGCCUACAGCAAAGAGAUCGUGAGAUGGGCCCUCGCGUCGGCGAAGCCUUUAUUCAGUUUGUGGUCGCGAAGCAAAAGCAAACUGGAGCUCACCGUAUCUUCAUGAGGUUGUCGCAUGCCCAGUACGAUGGCGUAUGCAUGUCCAAAAUCCUUCUUGCACUCCAGGACGGUUACAACGGCCUUCCUGUCUCAUCUGCUCCAAGUUUCGGCAACUUUGUCAGAGAAACGGUAAAGACAGUGAGUGGAGCCCACGAACACUGGAGAGAAGUACUUCGUGGAUCCAAGAUGACCGAGAUUGUCAACCGCUUCGGUCCAAACUACGAACGCGCGGCUGGUCGCUCAAUCACUCUGGAGAGGAAAGUCGACUCACCCUCGCUCAAGCGAUUCGACAUCACCAGCGCCACUGUUGCCAAGGCAGCUUGGGCAUCGACUCUUGCACGUAUCGCCAGCAAGUCCGACAUCGUGUUUGGACACGUCAUCUCGGGUCGCAACGGAAGCGUCCCAAACAUUGAGAAUAUCGUCGGUCCUUGCCUGAACAUGGUUCCCGUGCGUGUUACCUACCGACCUGACUGGACUGUGCUCGAUCUGCUCCAAAACAUACAAGACCAGCAGAUAUCUAACAUGCCAUACGAGGCACUUGGUUUCCGUGAGAUCACUCGCAACUGUACAGAGUGGCCUGACUGGACCAACUUUUCAAGCAUUCUGCAACACGACCAGGGUACCCAGGUCAGUCAUCAAAGUAUGCAAUUGGGAGGCGUUGAGUACACUGUCGGCGCCCUUGGAUCCCAGGAAGACUUCGCAGAUCUUUCCAUACACACAAUCUCGCGCGCCAACAAUGAGAUGGAAGUCCGCCUAACAUAUGCUCCCAACAGCACCAUCACCGCUGAUUUUGCACAACAUGUUUUUGAGAUGCUUUGCGCCAACGUUAUCGCCUUCUCCCAUAGCCCCCGCGAUGUACUACCAUCGCCUUCAGAAUUCAGCUCUCAGAGCCCAACAACCAUCAAUCCAGAGAAGAUACGCAAGAGAUCCACAGAGAAACAACCCAUCUCCCUCCCAACAGAUACUGGUCUUAGUCUCCAAGAAACAAGCAAUGUCGCGGAAUCCCUGCGCGCAGCAUGGGAACAAAUCCUGCACGACGAGAACGGUCUUCCCGCCCCCGUCGAGCUAAACUCCGACUUCUUCCAGCUCGGCGGCGACAUCAUGGGCCUAGCACAAGUCGCCUCCAUUCUGGACCAAGAAGGCCUUAAGGUGCGCGUCGAGGAUUUACUAGAUAAAUCCGUUUUCUUCGACCAAGUAGGCAUUGUGGCUGCGGAGCGCAAGAAGCAGAUUGAUCGUGAUGCGCAGAACCCUUGGGGCGAUAAGGGUAGGCUGAGGGUAGAGGAGAGGACCAAGGAUCGUAGGGGAAGUGCGUUGGGAACGCUGGCGAAGCGGUUUGGGUUUAGUAGGAAGGAGAGUAAUAAGGAACUUCCUAAGGCGCCGUGA